GCAGCAGCAGACCGCUUCCUUUUCAGCAGUCGUGAGGAUAUAGACGGACAUGUUGAGUCAGCAGCUGGUACCGAUUCAGACGCAUCAGAGAUCUGCACCACUUGAGGAUUCUGGUCGUCGAGUGGUUAAACCUGGUCUCGAGUCUGAUUUCUGGACUCAGCUUGAACAGAUGGCUAAGAUCUAUGCACAAGAGCAAAGGAAGAUUCUCCUUCAUCUGGAAGUUCAGCAAUCAUCGGAGGCUUUGGAUAAGCGACCGGUUGUUCAUCCUGUUUGGUGACUCAGAUCUAGGAGAUGUUGAUUUAAGCUCAACAUACGAUACCAUUGCUCUGUUCGGAUUCUCUUCGCCUUUAGCCUUUAAAGACAGCGACUGAUGCUCUUUUGAAGCUGCUCCCGACGAGUCUGAUGACGGCAUCACAGAUCUGGGUUGUACGAGCCUUCGAAGUCCAGAGAGAAUAGCAAUAAUCUUCAAGCAAGAUC